CGACCUGUUUGCACUGUCCUCGUUGUGGUUGGGUGAGAGCGCGUUGCAUGACGCCGGCUAUUAGACACUCCUCUGACAUUCGCCUUCACACUAGAUCGCACCACGCACACUGCUGCACCACCACCACCACGUCGCAGUUCUUUUAAAUCAUCUGCACGCACGCUAGCCCUCCCCCUUCCUCUUCUCUCUCUCAUCACAAAUCACUACGUGUCUGUUCAAGGCUACCCUCUUGUGAUACCAACAGUCUCAAAGUUAAUAGCAUCUUCCCUUUCACCGUUGUAGUAGCACAAAACACCACCCAACAUGUCCAACGCAAAGGUCAUCGUCGUCGGCGGCGGUCUCUCGGGCCUCUCGGCCGCCCACACCGUCCUUGAGCGCGGUGGCAACGUCCUCCUCCUUGACAAGAACAGCUUCAUGGGUGGCAACUCGACCAAGGCCACCUCUGGUAUCAACGGUGCCAACACCCAGGCCCAGCAGGAGCUCGGCAUCCCCGACACCGCUGCCAAGUUCUUCGCCGACACCAAGAAGUCGGCCCGUGACCUUGCCCGCGACGACCUCAUCCACGUCCUCACCCACCGCUCGGGCGACGCCGUCAACUGGCUCGUCGAGCGCUUCGGCCUCGACCUCUCCAAGGUCUCGCGUCUCGGUGGCCACUCGGAGCCCCGUACCCACCGUGGUGGUGCCCAGUUCCCCGGCAUGACCAUCACCUACGCUCUCAUGGAGAAGUUUGAGGAGAUUGCCGCCGCUCACCCCGAGCGCGCCGUUGUCCACAAGAAGGCCAACGUCAAGAAGCUCAUCAAGGAGGGCGACCAGGUCGUCGGUGUCGAGUACGAGCACAAGGGCCAGACCCACACCGAGCACGGUGUUGUCGUCCUCGCCACUGGUGGUUACGCCGCCGACUUCACCGAGGACUCGCUCCUCAAGAAGUACCGCCCCGAGUACUACGACCUCCCCACCACCAACGGUGACCACUGCACUGGUGACGGCCACAAGAUGGCCAUGGCCGUCGGCGCCAAGGGCAUUGACCUCGAGAAGGUCCAGGUUCACCCCACUGGUCUCGUUGACCCCAACGAGCCCGACGCCAAGGUCAAGUUCCUUGCCGCCGAGGCCCUCCGUGGUGUCGGUGGUCUCCUCAUCGACAACACUGGUAACCGUUUCGUCGACGAGCUCCAGCACCGUGACUACGUCACCAACAAGAUGUGGGAGAACAACAAGUUCCCUGUCCGCCUCGUCCUCAACCCCACCUCGUCCAAGGAGAUUGAGUGGCACAUCAAGCACUACGUUGGCCGUGGCCUCAUGAAGCACUACAAGAACGGCCGUGACCUCGCCAAGGACAUUGGUGUCAGCCCCGACGUUCUCAAGAAGACCUUUGACGACCACAACCGCUACGCCAAGAACCCCGGCUCGGACCCCUUCGGCAAGAAGUUCUUCUCGGGCGGCGAGUUCAACCUCGACCAGGAGUUCAACGUUGCCCUCAUGACCCCCGUCCUCCACUACACCAUGGGUGGUCUCGAGAUUGGCACCGACGCUGCCGUCCACGGCGACAACGCCAAGGCCAUCCCCGGUCUCUUCGCCUGCGGUGAGCUUGCCGGUGGUGUCCACGGUGCCAACCGUCUCGGUGGUUCGUCGCUCCUCGGCUGUGUCGUCUUCGGCCGUGUCGCCGGUGACUCUGCCUCGUCGUUCCUCCUCCACGAGCUCACCAACGACCGUGCCGCUGGCCGUCUCGCCACUGUCGGCAACCACAUCCUCGAGACCAAGAUCCGCGUCUCGCCCGACUCCAAGGCCGUCAACCUCGAGUUCUCGUGGGGUGGUGCCGGCGGUGCUUCCGUCUCGGCUCCCGCUCCUGCCGCCGCCCCGGCCGCCGCUGCUGCUCCCGCUGCCGCUGCUGCCCCCGCUGCUGCUGCCGCCCCCGCCGCUGCCCCCGCCCCCAAGUCGGGCGAGUACACCGCCGAGGAGGUUGCCAAGCACAACAAGCCCACCGACUGCUGGGUCAUCAUUGACGAUGAGGUCCUCGACGUCACCGACUUCCUCCAGGACCACCCCGGUGGUGCCAAGGCCAUCCUGUUGUACGCUGGCCGUGACGCCACUGAGGAGUUUGACAUGAUCCACCCCAAGGACGUCAUCAAGAAGUACGCUCCCGAGUCCAUUAUUGGCAAGCUCAAGAAGUAGAUGCUUGAUUAGUGUCGGGGUGUGUUUUGGUUGUAGCCUGAACUUGUGUAUGAACCCAAUCCGAAGUG